ACACACAUCCGUUAGAGUUGUAUCUCCUCCCCUCUCUCUGCUGAAGCCGUGUGCGCGCUUGCUCGUCCCCGGUGGUCGUCAUCAGAGUACUGUAGGGGCGGCGCGGUCUGUAAACACAUCCAACACUCUGCGCUCGCGAACCGAGCCCCUGGAGGACACCGACACCGACAGACCUGCUCUCACUCCCCCGUGACGAGGAAACGUAUGGUCCGCCAGCUCGUCCUUUGCACAGCGCUGUGAAAUAUGUCAUUCUUCUUCAGAGGCGCCAUCACUAGCUCUCCAAUAAAGAACAGAGAUACGAAGGAGGAUGAAUCUUGUCACAGUCUGGACGGGUCCUUCCUCUCUGACUCCUCCUACGAAUGCUUCUCAACCAAUCCACUGACAGGAUCUGUGUGUCAGUGUCGCCGUAGUCCCCGUCUCCUUGGUAACGGUUACUAUGUGCUCACAGAAGACAGUUUCGCUGUCGACGACCAGGGCAACGUCACCCUCACACCUUCCAAGACCAAUGUAUCCUAUAAAGAAAACCUCGUCCGUAUAUUCCGUCGCAGGCGACGGGUGAGAAAAUCAUUGGCCAGCCUACUCAGUGAUGUCAGCCAAUCAUGUCAGUCGUGGCUGGGAGGGGGUGUGUUUGGCUGGCCAGACCCCGCCCCCCAGGAAGAGCUGUUCAAUGACGAGCAUGGCCACACCCCCUGUGGAGAUGACCACACCCCCUCGGUGUACCCCCGCACCCCGCUCAAGCGAGGACACACCCCCAUUCGGCUAAGCCACACCCCCGACAGGGAGUUCCCGCACAGCUUCACAUAUGAUCAAACGGAGAAUGGGUGCUCACCUGACAAGUUGAAGAUUUCUCAGGAGGAGGGACUUACUGAGGAGGCAUGUUUCUCACAAGAGCAGUUCAGCCAAUCAGUGGGCGGCCUUUUGGAAGUCCCUCCUCCUAGCACCCCUUCCAUGGCAGAUACCCCGCCUCUGUGGACACACCCCCAGGUUAGCGAUGUCACACUGGACACAGCCAAUCACGAGAGAGAAUGCUGUUCUGCGCUGAUGAAAGCCUUCCUCCUCCUCAUCCUCUUGGUGUGUGUUUGCACAGCAGUCUCCUCCAGGUGGCUGAUGGGAGGCGUUGCCGUGGUGAUGACCUUCCUGUUGAUGUCAUCCUUACGUAAAGAUGUAAGGUGGAGGCGUGCCAAGACAGAGGACAUCACCUCCAAGAAUGAAUAAAAUCACACACACACACACACACACACACACACACACACACACACACACACACACACACACACACACACACACACACAUACACACACACACACACGCCCAGAUGCACCCUUUCUGUGCCUCAUCACUAGACCAAUCUGAUACCCAGUAGAGAAGGCACCGCCCCUCGAGAUGCUGUCGCAUGUUUGGAGGUCCCUGUGUGUGUGUGUGUGUGUGUGUGUGUGUGUGUGUGUGUGUGUGUGUGUGAGUGUGUGUGUGUGAGAGUGUUGAUGUUCAAUAAGAGCGAUUGGCUUUCUACCACACACACGUCUCUGCCGCCGGGGCCCAUUAGUGCAUUAUAAAUCCCAUGGCCGUGAAAUUUCAUCCAAUCAGGAGUGGCGGUGAUCUGGUCCCAGCGUGCAUUAUGCUAUAUAACCCAUGGCCGUGAAAUUUCAUCCAAUCAGGAGUGGCGGUGAUCUGGCCCAGCGUGCAUUAUGCUAUAUAACCCAUGGCCGUGAAAUUUCAUCCAAUCAGGAGUGGCGGUGAUCUGGUCCCAGCGUGCAUUAUGCUAUAUAACCCAUGGCCGUGAAAUUUCAUCCAAUCAGGAGUGGCGGUGAUCUGGCCCAGCGUGCAUUAUGCUAUAUAACCCAUGGCCGUGAAAUUUCAUCCAAUCAGGAGUGGCGGUGAUCUGGCCCAGCGUGCAUUAUGCUAUAUAACCCAUGGUUGUGAAAUUUCAUCCAAUCAGGAGUGGCGGUGAUCUGGUCCCAGCGUGCAUUAUGCUAUAUAACCCAUGGCCGUGAAAUUUCAUCCAAUCAGGAGUGGCGGUGAUCUGGCCCAGCGUGCAUUAUGCUAUAUAACCCAUGGCCGUGAAAUUUCAUCCAAUCAGGAGUGGCGGUGAUCUGGCCCAGCGUGCAUUAUGCUAUAUAACCCAUGGCCGUGAAAUUUCAUCCAAUCAGGAGUGGCGGUGAUCUGGUCCCAGCGUGCAUUAUGCUAUAUAACCCAUGGCCGUGAAAUUUCAUCCAAUCAGGAGUGGCGGUGAUCUGGCCCAGCGUGCAUUAUGCUAUAUAACCCAUGGCCGUGAAAUUUCAUCCAAUCAGGAGUGGCGGUGAUCUGGUCCCAGCGUGCAUUAUGCUAUAUAACCCAUGGCCGUGAAAUUUCAUCCAAUCAGGAGUGGCGGUGAUCUGGCCCAGCGUGCAUUAUGCUAUAUAACCCAUGGCCGUGAAAUUUCAUCCAAUCAGGAGUGGCGGUGAUCUGGUCCCAGCGUGCAUUAUGCUAUAUAACUGCAUGGCGACGCCCACUCAGGAAGAGUGUCGAUGACGUCAUGGCGUUUCAGGUGUGACAAACCGGCAUGACGUGUGUGAGGUGGUGUGUUUGCGCUCUGGGGUCAGAGGUCAAGGGGUCAGGGGUCAGCCACUGUGAGAAGAACCAACAUGGCCGCUCCUCUGAUCACCCACCAUAUUUGAAUGACUUUUUGUGACUUUUGAGGAACUUUUUUAAAAUGUUUUUUAAAGAUUUGUUCUCUAACGCUCUAUCUACCCGGACUGCUCUGAGGCUGACUCUAGGCUCAAACCUUUUUGGAGAAGUUUUUUUUAAAAGUGCCAUAACUAUACUGUAAAUUCUCCAGGCAGAGUGCCUUCGCACAGCACAGACACAGGGCUAAACAGGGCUGAGAUAUACAGUAUGCUAAACCUACAAGCGCAAUAAGGAUUUAACAGGGAUGGUGUCGUAACGAACACAUUAAUGAAGCCUGUUUAAAGGCUCAUCAAGCAUCACAAAGCCUUAUAAGAGGGUCAUAAAGCUUAUAAGAGGGUCUUCAGGCCUUCCUCUGAUCGCUUGAUUGGUUAGGGGUGAUUGGCUCUGAUGGCUUGAUUGGUCAGGGUUGAUUGGCUCAUGGGUCAGCCAGCAGGAAGGGUACAUAAGGGUACAUAAAUGCCUUAUUAUUGUGAGAGUCAGUAGAGAGAAUAAUAAUAGUCAUAAUAAUUCGUAUAAUUGAUGUUUGUGUGCAUAUUAGUGUGUGUUAGCCUUGAGCUACAUAAGACACACAUGUUGGGUGUGUUAGCCUUGAGCUACAUGAGACACACAUGUUGGGUGUGUUAGCCUUGAGCUACAUAAGACACAUAUGCUGGGUGUGUUAGCCUUGAGCCUCAUUAACUCUGUAGCCAUGACGGUCUUAGCCCAGUGAGGCUUUUACAUACUCUUAGCUAGCAGUGUUGGUUAUGCUUUGUGUGCUCUAUGGGGCAUGUUAGCAGGCUACGGUUAGCGCUACGGUUAGUGUUAGCGCUACGGUUAGCGCUACGGUUAGUGUUAGGGUAAGCGCUACGGUUAGCGCUACGGUUAGCGCUACGGUUAGCAGUGUAAGACUGCUCAGGGCUCAAGAUUACUUUUGAAAUGUAAUAGGUUACAGAUUACUAGUUACGCUGUUCAAAAUGUAAUAAGUAAUUGAACUAUUUGAAUUACUUAAUCAAAGUAAUGUAACUUAUUAGGUUUGAGUACUUUUGACUGUUUUGAUUGGCAGACGAGAAGCAGCGCAAACUCAAAAAGAACCAAUUAAAAAUUGUGAGAAAAAAAAAAA